GGGGCUGGGUCCAGCAGAGGGUCCCCCCUGGGUUGGGCACAGUUCCCAGCUCACGAUGGAGGCAGCAGCAGGGUCUGACCCAGGAGGAAGAUCAUGCAGAGACCGAGCUAGAGCAGCCUCACGUCUCUGAGCGAGAACCGGACCCUUCUGCACCCAUCAGCUACCGCCCCCCACUCCCGAGGGCCCAGAACCACGACUCGGCCAGGAUCCAGUUCUCUCUGCUGCCCCUUAACCAGAGAAACCUGCAAAGCCAACCACGUGUGGAGCCUGUGUCACAGGGAAACAGGUCCCUCAGCAGGAAGUGAAUCGCAUUCACUGCCGUGUUAAGUCUGCUGCCUGCAGUCCGUUCUCUCCAUUGUGUCCCUUACAAAAGCCCCCAGUUGCUGGGGCUCCAGCGCCCUGGCUGCACAAGGGAGAGGUUGAUAUCGAGGGAGCGACAUACCUGCUGUUUCCCAACAAGACAGUCUCCUAGUUCAGAGAUCCCCAACUCUGCCCAGAAACCCUGACCGAGAGGAUAGACUUUCCCUCCCAAAAGAGCUGGGGGGACCCCACAUCUGACGGGAAAGGCCACCCCCACAUUUCAGGGGGCACAGCGUAGAGCAAAGUGCACAACCACAGGCAGUGGGGAGCAACUGGCCUUUAAAGAGUUAAGACCCUAGCCAGCAGGCAUCAACAGUCAGCUAUGUAGUUAGUGUUGUGACGUCCACAGUCGACACUGUUGUAUCUAUUGGCUAAACUGUGCUGCAGUCACACUAGUGUGAGGUGAAAUGGCAGAACCCAAAAAGAAAAAGAUUCAAAGGUUGUCUAGUAUGAUCGAUAAAUUCUUCGUAAAUGCUGAUAGCUCCGAAGAACAACACUUAUGCAUGGCUGAAUUGCUUUUAACAUAUCAUGGAGUUAAACAUCACCACAACUACCAUUCUCAAGAUUGUGGAAAUAAGCUGUACCCCUCCAUUUUCACUGAUUCCAAGAUCGCGUCCAAAAUUCACUGCGGAAGGAGAAAAGCGGAGGCUUUGAUUGAGAAUGUAUUAGCACCCCAUUAAUUGAAACUGACUGUGCAAGACAUUGGAUCAACGUCGUUCUCAAUAGUGACAGAUGCUUCUAAUAAAGGGAACACAAAAUUAUUCCCAGUUGCGGUCCACUACUUUAAUAAAGAUAAGGGAAGCUGCACAUGUAUCAUAGACUUUUUUGAGGAUGCAGAUAAGACAUCAGAGGCAAUUGCAAACAACAUACGAAGUUGUCUUCAAGAUGCUGGUCUGUUAAUAAUAAAAUUGUGGCAUAUGGAGCAGACAACGCAUCAUUCAAUUCUGGAAAACACAAGUCUGUUUUGGUGCACCUAAAACAAAUGUUGGAUUUAUCAAACCUUGUGCCAUGGCACUGCAGUGCUCACAUAGUACACAAUACAGCGAAACAUGGCUUGAAAUUGCUGUCUUAUGAUGUAGAGAACUUGGUCAUCAAGGUUUUCAGUGAAUCCUCUCCUGUGCAAAGAAUAUUAGUGAACUUAAAGAGUUCCUUGAUUUCAUGGAGACAGAAUAUUCAGAAAUCUUAUGCCAUGUACCUACACACUUUUUAACCCUUUUCACUGCCGUCGACAGGUUACUGAAGAAUUGGCCUGCACUCAAGUCUUACUUUAUGAGCAAAGAAGAGGAAACAGUGAGCUGUGCAAUAUGGGCCUUUCUUUCUGAGCAGGAGGACACAGUAUCCAAUGAUGAAACUAUUACGCUUCCCGAGCUGUACAUAUACUUUGUGCACAACAUUAUGAGCCAAUUUAACAACACGAUAAAGGUUCUUGAAAGUGAUUACAUUCAGGUAACUGACCUGUAUGCUAUAUUCAACAAGCUGAGAAGAGAGAUUCAGAUUCGACAAGAGCAAGGCUUCUAUGGAUACAAGGUGACACAGUUCUUGAAGAAACUGCCGCCUAACGAGCAAAAUAAAUUUGUUGGAGAUGCCCAACGGGUUUACACACGCAUGCUACAGUACCUGGAAAAGUGGUUUGAUUUCAGCGAAAACUCUUUCUAUAUGUUGUGUGCGCCGCUCAGUCUGGACAGACCUCUUGAACUAGACAAACUGUGUGCUUUGACUACAAACUUGGACAUUCAAGUGGACGGCGAUGAACUAUUUACAGAAAUGUGUACAUUGAAUGAUGUGCUACCAACCCUAAAGAGUUUGACAAAUGAUGCUGAAUUAACAUUGUGUCAGGAGCAACAAGUGCACCAUCAUCAAAUCAAUGUCUCUGAAGUAUGGGUAGAGUUCUUUAAGCACUUGGAGGCCCCGAGCUUACUUAAAAUUGUGCAGCAUGUGCUUGCUAUACCACCCGGCAAUGCAUUUGUGGAACACAUUUUCAGUGUUCUGAAGAACUUGUGGACUGAUGAAAGGAAUCCGCUCAAAGUGGACCUGGUGAAAGCUGAGCUAUUCGUGCACUUCAACUAUAAAAUGACAUGUGCCAAGUUUGCUGGAUUUUUGAAGACAGAAGCAGCUAAAGAGCUUGUGGUGGCAGCAAGAAAAGAACAGAAGUAUAAAUCAGGUGAGGGGAUGAUGAGUGAGAAUGUGGAAGAGAAUCCUCAGCAGGAAGAUCCUGAAACUCAUGUUACAUUAUUGGGAAGAUCUGAAGCGACUGUGUCCUGGAGUCCAGAGCAUGGAAAAGCUGGUGGGUGUCAGCACAGGCCAGAGAGACAGCAGGGAAACCAGUCAGGGAAGAAAGUGGGUAAAUCCAUUCAAUGUGAAGGUGGUUUGAAGAAUCUUAGUAAAAACAUGAUGCACCAGAGAUUCUCCAGUGGGGAGGGAAAAUACACAUGCACCGAGUGUGGGAAAAGCUUCAGUCAGAGUUUACACCUUAUUAUACAUCGCAGAACCCACACAGGACAAAGACCUCAUAAAUGUCUUCAGUGUGGGAAAAGCUUUAUUGACAACCCAACCCUGAAAAUACAUCAGAGAAUCCACAUGGGAGAAAAACCCUACAAGUGCCCUGACUGUGGGAAAAGCUUCAGUGAGAGACCACACCUUAUUGGCCACCAGAGAAUCCACACCGAAGCAAAAAUCAUAUGUUCUCAGUGUGGGGAAACCCUCUUUAACUGGUAAACCUUUCUUAGACAUGAGAGAAUCCACACUGGAGAGAGAUCUAAACCCUAUCACUGCCUUGAGUGCAGGGAGAACUUCCGUGAUCAGUCAGUUCUUAGUAGGCAUCAGAGAAUUCACACACGAGAGAAACCCUAUGACUGCCUGGACUGUGGAGAAAGCUUCAGUCGGCACUCAAACCUUACCAGGCACCAAAAAGUUCACACUGGGGAGAGACCCUGUAAGUGCCUCAAGUGUGGGGAAAAGCUUCAGUCGGAGAUCAACCUGCAGUAGACAUCUGAGAACCCAUUGGGGAGAAAGUGAAUAAAUGCCGUGACUAGGGCUGGCUGAAGUGAAUUAUACUGAAGCAAUUGCACCACUACAGCUAAAGUUGAGACUAGCUUCCUUUUUAACUGCCAGUUUUUCUGUGUGUUCUAAAAUCCACAUGUGGACUUGGAUUGUCUUGAAAAUUGCUGUGCCUCAUCUGGGCCGGGGGCAGAGCUAGUGAUGUGAGGUUGUGUUCAUUUGGUCUAGGGAUUCCUCAGAUACAGCUCCCCCAAUAAGGAGCUGCUUUUACUAUUCAGAUAGCUCUGAAACCCUGUGCCAACUUAAUCCCCAUGAAAAGCAGGAAAUAUAACUUUAAAGUAGAUGCUACCCCCACAACAUAACCUUAACUCUGCCCUCUUUGAGUGAAGUCCCAGCGUACCAGUAACACACAUUAGCUCUCUAACUUUACAGAUGCUACAGAACACUUCAGGAACAGAGUACUGAUGAGCAGUGUAGGAUAAAGUCUGCCACCUUCUCUUGAUAAGGGAAGACACUGGGAUAGGUCAGGCAUAGUGAGCAGCUGCCACUUACACUCAAAAACUGAGUGUACUCCCCACAAACCACCCCAGAAUUUCAAAAUGUCCCCAUGCCUUCACUCUUGCCCUGAGGAUUCCUUGAGACAGGGCUUUCACUGACCCUGCAGUAAGCCCUGGAGACCUCAUGACAUUGUCAGCAGAUUGCUGACAAUCUCCAGGCUACAUUCCCUUGUGCAUUUCUACUGACACAGCCUACAGAAUUCUGCACGGCAAUGAAGCAUAAUUGAUCCUUUUAAAGUACACCUGCACCUCUUCUCCUAUCACAGUGACAGCUUUGCCAACCCGCUGCAGCUAAUCUCUUCACCAUUCAAUACAGCUACCCCUCACACAGUGAAGGUAGACGAGUGCAUGCACAACACAAGCAAUGGUACAUUUUCUUAGUCCUUCAUGUCUACUUAUUAUGGCAACACAGUUACUGAACCAUUCUCAGUGGCUAUUGCCUGCUCUAAGGGGGAAGAGUUAAGGUUGCAUUGUGGGAAUGGCAUUUACCUUAAUUUCUUAGUUUUUAGAGGUGUAAGUUUAGCCACUCUCCACAUUGUGGAAGGGCACAAGGCAGAGCUGGUAGCCCCUGUAGCUGCCAACGACUUGGAGAGAGAUGGGCAUUCAGCUCAGGGAGUUCAGUCAGAGCCCUAAAACGCUCUCUCAUGGUUGCAACAUUUGGUUAAGACCCUAUCAGAGUGCAGUGAACUCAAGGGGAAAUUAACGAAUUGCCAGUGGUUCUGCCUAAGGAAGAAAUUUCAAGAGCAAUUAGAGAGCAGUUCUAAAGUAAUUCUCUGCAUUUGGGGUUGGCAACAUGGUGUCCCGGUGGGUC